UAUGGAUACAGUCGGUACGUCCCGAACUGCACCAACCGCAACGAGAGCAUCCUCCGAUGCCAAAAGGAAUAUAUGGUCGGCAAAAAUCAUCUUCGUGCUUCUCGGACUCCACAACACACUGCGCAAUUAUGGGCCACCUUCCGUGCCGCAUAAGACUUCAGAAAUAGCCACGAUUUUAAAAACCGUGAGCUCUUUCGUUUGGGCGCCAUAUUGUUACGAACUGCUUGUCACUCUGUGGGCCGCGCCGGCUGGCUCAUCGGUUCUCAGGGUAGAGUUCCAUCCCUGGCCCGCAGUCCGAACAAUCGAUUACAUCAUCGAUACACAAACAGCUGUGGAGAACGGAACUACACAACACUACAACAAAAGACGACGGAAAUCCACAACAUAAACAACAAAACCUGCAAUCAACAACAAAACGGUAAGUAAACAAACAAACAUUCACAAAACCUAACACUGAUCCACCUCUCGUCCAAACAGGAUCCCGGUUCCGGACCCAGGCGUACCCGCCCUGCCUGAGAUGACACCACUCCGUCAUCUCCCUCAUGUUGGCCACCGAAUGGACCUACUUCAUCCUGCGUUGGCCAUCGUGUUUCUCCCUCCCCCUACAGCAAUAAUUAUACGGACAUUUUCAUGUUCAGAUAUGUAUAAUUUGUAUUAUUUCCUUAUUUAUAUAUACAUUGCGGUCGAACAUCCUUAAUCUCUAACAUCUUUUAUAUUUCAUGUGUGUACAUUUCUUCCUUGCUACACGAAACAACAGACGAGGAACGAAAACAUGGCCAUCAACAUAAAUAAUGGCAUAUACAAAUUUGCACCGUAAAUGUGCGACACAAGGCUGUGGCGGAGACGCCGCGGGACAAAUAUAUAUAUAUAUGUUUAUACGUAUGUAUGUUAUGGAAUAGUAUGUUAAGGUUAAAUGUGAAUCGCUUAAUAUUACCUUAGCCUGCCUAAAGAGCUCUCUGGGUGGUUUAAGGGGCGAUGUAAGGGUAGAGUAUAUGUAUAUAUUGAUAAAUGUUUAUAUAUAUAUAUGUGUUUAUCUGUCAAUCUAUGUGUGCUUGUGAUUGUAAUUAAAUAUCGUUAUAUACUUAAAUGUAUAUAAAUAUCUGUUAAAUAUUAA